UCCAUCGAAAAGCGAUCGGAAGUGGCUUCCAUGUUGGAAAGCCCUUAAAUAGCGGAUGCUCAACGGAACGCAACCUCAAAGGCGACCGUUACACACGUGCGAUGAUACGUUGGAUUAGGAAAAUCAUUCUCCUGACAGCCUUAGUCGGAUUGGUCUCGACAGAAGAAGAACAAAACUACGAAAUGCACUUCGACGGCAUGGAAACUAUCGACGGAUCGGAGAACUACUUCCACUACAACUACACCUUGGACAAAAAGUCCGAAACGGCCUUCUCCGUGUCCGGCUUCAUAACCCAACUGGUCACGCUGGACAACGGCUACAAACUGCAGUUCAAGCUGAGUCGUGCCCCCCUAGACUCGCCGGACCAGUACGAGGUCAUGCUGGGGCUGGAGAAGCCCCUCUGCGAGUAUAUGGCUUCGAUCUACAAGCUGUACCUCUACGAAUCGCUCAAGGACAUCAGCAACUUUCCGCACUACGACCAGUGUCCGCUGGAACCGACCGAGUAUUGGUUCAAGGAUUACUCGUUCGACGGCGAUGAGUACAAGUCGUUCCUGAAGGACGGCCACUACAAGAUUGAGAUGUACCUGAUCAAGGGCGACGAGAUGGUGGCCGGGGGGCUUUCCAAGAUGCGGGUGGAACCUGCCGGCAGUAAUCAGUAGGGUCUAGGCGAGUCCAGUGUAGUAUAAGAACAUAAGAAUAAAUAAAGAGGUUUUAUUGGUUAAAAAAUGUUUCA